CCCGCCCCCGUCACCCCAGGGGGCUGGAGACGCGUCCCUGGUGUGCGAGUGGCCCUAGCGAGAGGCACAGCUGAGAUUUCUUUAUUUAAGGCUGGAGACAUCAACCUUACCUCACAGCCUGACUUGCCCUGCCGGGGAAAGGUGGGAUCCACUGGCCAGACCCUGCCAGCCUUCCAGAGCAUCGGAAGCUUCAGCCCCACCACGAUUCGCCUUUGCAGACCCUCCCCUAGCAGAAGCUUCUGUGAGUUUGCUCUGAUACCUGCCGUAUCUCCACUCUGAAUGCGGUAGCUGCACCUCAGGCCUACAGCAUGCAGUCCCAGGAGAGUGGUGUUCACUACAGCAGGUGGGACAGCAGCAGCCGGGACGAAGUCAGCAUGACUGCCAUGUCCAGCUCAGAGGAGGCCUCAUGCUAUAGGAGGAUCUCCCAGAAGCUGUGCUCCGGCAAGCUGGGGAUAGCCAUGAAGGUGCUGGGUGGAGUGGCCCUCUUCUGGAUCAUCUUCAUCUUGGGCUACAUCACUGGCUACUAUGUGCACAAGUGCAAAUAAAUGCUGCCCCACUCCCA